GCUGCCGCGGCUGCCGCCUCCGCCACCUGCGGCGGGCCAGGUCUUCGCCCCGGGUCCAGUCAGCGUUUUUCCUCCGUCUCUUCAGUUAACACGCCCAUGGUCCCGCCUGGAGCCAGGGCGGCGGGCCCCGGAGCUCGCGCGCGGUGAGGGAGCCGCCGGCGGACCAUGCAGCCGACGCUCUGCAGCUGCUGCCUCAGCCGCGCCCUGGCCUCGGCGCUCCUGCUGUCGCUGCUGCUGCCCGAGUUGAGCGGGCCCUCAGCGGGACGGCCGCCAGCAGCGCGGGCCGCGCCCGACCCCCGGCCCGCGGCGCGCGGCCCGCGCACCCGGCCCCCUCCGCCGCCCGAGCCCUCCGCCGCCCGUCCCGCGGGCCGCGCCCCGGCCUUCGAAGCCGCGGGCGCGCGGAGCGCCGAGGGCGGCAAUGGCAGCACGCCCGGGGCGGGGCCGGCCGCCGACGACCCCGGCGGGAAGGCGGGGGCCGGGGGCCCGGCGGGCGGCGUCUUGGCCGUGAGCCCUGACCCCGGCGACAAGCCCAUGACCCAGCGGGCCCUGACCGUGCUGAUGGUGGUGAGCGGCGCGGUGCUGGUGUACUUCGUCGUCAGGACGGUCAGGAUGAGAAGAAGAAACCGAAAGACUAGGAGAUAUGGGGUUUUGGACACUAACAUAGAAAACAUGGAGCUGACACCUUUAGAGCAAGAUGAUGAGGAGGAUGACAACACAUUGUUUGAUGCCAAUCAUCCUCGGAGAUAAGAAUGUGCCUUUUGAUGAGAAAACUUCAUCUUCUACAAUGAAGAGCAGAAUGUCUGUGUUUAAGGAAUAAAAAGCCACUUUAUCAAUGGGGGGGGUAUUUAAGUUACAUAUAUUAUGAUAACCUUCAAUUUGUUGUUGCAAUAAAUAUGUAUCAUUUGUUAGUUUUUCUCUGUAUAGAAGUGCUCUUAAUGGGCUCAGAGUUGUUGGGAGUAAAUUGUAUUAUAAUAGAGAUCUGAAAAUUACUUUAAAGCAGUGUGUUUUCUGAUCAGUUUUUGUUUCUUGCUUACCUUAUUAUUGUAAGCUGUUUAUGUACUAAUCAGUUAAUUUUAUUUAUAUAUGUAUAUAUAUAUAUAAAUUUCAUUUUUUGGCUGGUUAAGUUUGUUUUUUUUUCCUGGAACUAUAAAUCCCAACAACCAACUGGUGUGUAACUUUACCAAGAUGUAUUUCCCGUUUUUGUGGGGAAAAGAAGCCAAAUUUAUUAUCUUGAGUUUGGGUUUUUUAAAUAAUAAAAAUGUCUGUGUUGUGUGUAAAACAAUAAAUACGAUUUAAAAUUCUU